CCUCCACAGCUCUCACACUUGUGCUGUUCUUUCACUCUCAUCAGAUAUGCAAUGUCUCACCAUCACAUGAAGAUCACACUUGAGUUGCCCACUUUAACUAAGAUAACAGCCACAUCUGUAUUUCAUAUCAGCGGACGAUAAAUGUCUUCAUCAACGUCUUAUUUGGAGUUUUUUUGUUUGAGAGGAGGUGUUUAACUUUUUUUUGGGGGGGGGAGUUCAGUACUUUUGGACCACAUUGAAGCUGCAUGCAGUGGCUGUAGCAGCUCAGGAGCGAUGUCAUCUCUACUUUCUCACAACAAAGAUCAGCCACGCAUCAGAAAAACACUUUCUGACUCUUCUCCUGCUUCUUCCACUGCUACCAAGAGCCUGAGGCAUGAGAGACUGUCCAGAUUGAGCUCGUCUGGAUCAUCUGAUGCUUCCAACGACAAAGCAACAAACCACGCUGAAUCUUACUUCUUGCAGAGGGAGAACAGACUGUCUGCAAGGAAAAAGGCAGAAGAAGAGACAGCAAACAAUGACUAUAAAAAGAUGUAUGAAAAGGCACUGGCCACCAACCAAAGGCUCAAGUCCAGGCUGGAAACAAGUAAACAGGAACUUGUUGUGAUUCAGGACCAGCUGCAGAGAGCUCAGAAGGGGAGACCAGGCGAUUGCGGAUCCAACAUGCUCGAGACAGAAAAAAAGGAGAGUUGGAGUCUUAAAAAGAGGAUAACAGAUAUGGAAGAACAGCUGAAGGUUAAAGCAGAGCUUAAGACGGAGAACCAGAGACUGAAGGAUGAAAAUGGAGCUUUAAUCCGUGUCAUCACUAAACUAUCCAAGUGAGACUGGACACAGGGAGGAGAGAAAAAGAAGGAUGACAAAUACCUUGAAGCCAUAUUUAUACCUACACUGUGUAUGCGUCUUUUUACAUUCAUACUAUCCUCAGAAAGAAUGUAUGUACAUAGUUUUCAGUCGUUUUGGAAACUUGAGUCCAUUCUUUUGUUUUUGUUGAGAUGUGUUUAUAAGGCAGGCUGCUUCCCUGUUGUCUGUUGAGUGAUUGACUGUAUUUAAAAAAAAAAAAAGGGACACAUU